CACUCAUCAGUGAUAUGAAGGCACCAAGGGCAUGUCCACAAUGUCGGGAGACCAAGCGAAAGUGCAUCCGUCCAGGCCCGGGCGAGCCCUGCAGGUCUUGCCAGCAGAGAAAUUUGCAAUGCGGUUCGCAGUUGAGACGUCUUACGCCCUCGAUUUCCAGGCCAGUCUCAAGCGAAGAGCAUCCUAUACAGCCUCAUGGACAAGGCGAGCACAGAAGUCCGAUAGAUUUACCCUGGGACACAACAGCAGAGCUUGUGGAAAUCUAUCUGAAUAAAGUCCACGACCAACCCCAUAGCAUCUUUCAUCCGCCAACUCUGCGGAUGCAGUUGCGUAAUGGGUCUCUGUACGGGGCAAUGCUGUGUGCAAUCUGUGCUAUAGGUGCAAAAUUCUCAUCAAAUCCAGACCGUCGCAACUUGGAAGCACGGCUGACGACGGAGGCAAAGCGACUGCUACAGGCAGAGUUGGAGAAUGUCUGCCUCGCAAACAUACAGACAUGCAUUCUGGUAGCCACUCUCAGCGCUGGGAACUGUCAGACCUCUUCAGAAGCCUUAUUUGUUCGUAUCGCCACUGGCAUGGCGGAGAUCAUAAACAUAGAGUCCGUCACCAAGAACGGCAGAAUCAUAGAAUCUGAGACAGCACGCAGGGUCUGGUGGUCACUCUAUGUAGCAGAUCGGUGGUGCUUCGCCGGACUCGGUUUGCCUCGUCGUAUGGAGGAUCUCGGGGGACGCUGUGGCCUUCCCAUGGACGAAAUGGCCUUCCGCUCGCUGUCACCGGACCAGACAACGCUCAUUCCUCCUUGGAAACCGGGGAUAUGGGCCUACUUAAUACAACUGGCUCGCCUCUUCGGUCCGAUCCAGGAUCUGAAUCGCAGGGUUGCUACAGGUGACGCCGAUACUGCAGAGUUGGAUCAGGAUGUCGACGUCCUUGGCCAACAGAUUGAAACAUGGAGGGAAACCCUUCCACCGGAUAUCCAGUUUACCAUACAGAACCUCCAAGGCCAACAGCACAAUCAGCUUGGUGGUCCCUUCAUUGCUCUGCAUUUGGCCUAUCACCACUACUCAACACUACUCUAUUUCCGCUUCCUCGAGGACAAGAACCCUUCAUCCUCCUAUGUCACCCGUUGCAAACACCACGCAUCGUCUUUUAGCAGCCUGCUCCAGCUCUCUCGCCAGGUGCAGGGAUGUGAGGUGAGUUACCCAACUAUUGGGCAUAUGGCAGCUGUAUCCUCGUCUGUCUUGCUGCAUACAAUGCUUUUCGGUGAUCAGACAGAGCUUCCAACUGCACGACGGGAGCUCAGUGCGAAUUUCGAGGCUUUGGUCGAGCUUCAGCAAUAUUGGCCUGCUACGAAAGCAACGAUCAAUCGAUUGAUGACGUUCCAGAAUAUCUGUCUUUUGUCGACUGAGUCUCACAAACUCGAUGGAUGGAUGGUGAGGUUUCUCUUAGAGCAUUCUCUUGCUCUCCAGAAGAGGGAGUUGCCAUUUGUGCCACCGAGUGUGGAAGUGGAAGAGGAGAACAUGACAUCCAUAGCUAGAGAAUGGAUGGAACGGGGUAGAUAUAUGGAUUUUAGCAGGGAAUGAUAGAAUUACUUCUAAACUUGCUGAUCACUCAUUCAGCAUGCAUUUCAGCCGCUUGGUACUCGCAACUCGCAAAGCUUCCAUAAUACAUUCCAGCCUACGUUCAUACACUCUAUAUCAUAUCGUCAUCAUAUUCCAUAACCACCACGUGUGCUCAUGCUUGCUCACAUUCGUGGAUUGGGACAUUACGAGCGAAGGGAACACUUAAGGGGAGACUGGGGAAUUGACAUGGAAUAGGGUUAUGUCUAUGAUUUAUAUGGUUGGGCAUUGAUUGGCUAUACUAUUCAUUCCAAAG